CCCCAUCAUCGCCAUCAUAAUCUCUAAACCGGAUUCUCAUACACAGUUUUCUAGCUCUUUUCUCUUUGUGAUCUUUCAAUGCAGCUUGGUUUUAUGUACCUCAUUUUCUGAUCAUAUGGGGAAGAAGGGAGGCUCCUCAUGGCUGACUGCUGUAAAAAGGGCUUUCAGAUCUCCUACUAAAGAGGACGACUUAGAAAAGAAAAGAGAGAAACGGAGGUGGAUUUUCAGGAAGCCCACAAAUCUACAAGAAACAAUAGUUUCACAGUCAGUACAACAAAGUCAAACCCCAGAUCAACAAAGACAAAAUGGGGAAGAUCAAAAGCAUGCACUUGCCGUGGCCGUGGCCACUGCCGAGGCUGCGAUGGCCACGGCGCAGGCGGCUGCGGAGGUGGCCCGCCUAACAAGGCCUUCGAAUCACGCCAGUGAACGCUCUGCAGCCAUUGUUAUUCAAACGGCUUUUAGAGGCUACUUGGCAAGGAGGGCUCUUCGUGCGCUUAAAGGGCUAGUGAAGUUGCAGGCGUUAGUUAGGGGUCACAAUGUGAGAAAGCAAGCAAAGAUGACGCUCAGAUGCAUGCAAGCUUUGGUUCGGGUUCAGGCUCGGGUUCUGGAUCAGCGCAUGAGGCUCUCGCAUGAUGGAAGCAGAAAGUCUACUUUUAGUGACACCAAUAGUGUUUGGGAUUCCCGGUACCUUCAAGACAUCUCAGAUAGAAAAUCCAUGUCAAGAGAGGGAAGUAGUAUCGCGGAUGAUUGGGACGAACGCCCUCACACAGUUGAGGAAGUAAAAGCCAUGUUGCAACACAGAAAAGAGGUUGCCAUGAAGCGUGAGAAGAAAUUGUCUCAAGCCUUUUCUCAACAGAUAUGGAGAGCAGGAAGGAGUCCUUCAAUGGGAAAUGAAGAGGAGCUUGAAGAGAGACCGAAGUGGCUCGACCGUUGGAUGGCUGCAAAGCCAUGGGAGAGCAGAGGAAGAGCCUCAACUGACCAGAGAGAAUCCAUUAAAACAGUUGAAAUGGAUACUUCACAACCUUACUCAUAUUUAGCACCCAAUUUGAGAAGAUCAAAUCCCAAUUACCACCAACACCAACACCAACAAAGACCAAGUUCACCUCUCCAUAGAUCCCAACAAAACCACCACCACAACCACCAUUCACCGGUGACACCCUCUCCCUCCAAAACCCGGCCUAUUCAGGUCCGGUCGGCGAGCCCGCGCUGCGGAAGAGAAGACAGAUCAAUCUCACAACAAAUCUCCCAAACACCAAGCUUAAGAUCCAACUAUUAUUACACUGGCAAUUUUACACAUCAUCAACAUGGCAGAAUUGGGACAAGCACAACAUGCAGUGGCUCCACAUUGCCGAAUUACAUGGCUGCCACGGAGUCGGCCAAGGCCCGGUCGCGGUCUCAGAGCGCGCCGCGGCAGCGGCCGUCGACGCCGGAGAGAGACAGAGGAGUCGGGUCGGCGGCGAAGAAGCGGCUUUCCUUCCCGGCGCCACCUGAGCCUCAUUAUUGUUAUGGGCAUAGCUUGAGGAGCCCAAGCUUCAAGAGUGUGAAUGGCUCACAUUUUGGUGGGCUUGAGCAACAGUCUAACUAUUCCUCUUGUUGCACUGACAGCCUUGGUGGUUGUGAGAUUUCGCCUUCUUCAACUACUGACCUUAGAAGGUGGCUUAGGUGAAUAAUUUUUUUUUU